CUCAGGUUAGUCCGUUUGCAGGAGCGCUUGGAGCGGUCAUAACUUUGUCUUUAGUCCUUGUUCAGAAGUGUUUUUUUAUUUCCACCAAAAUGAGGGAAAUUGUGCAUCUGCAGGCAGGCCAGUGUGGUAACCAAAUCGGCGCCAAGUUCUGGGAGGUGAUCAGUGACGAACACGGCAUUGACCCGUCCGGGACAUAUCAUGGAGACAGUGACCUGCAGCUGGAGCGGAUCAACGUGUAUUACAAUGAAGCAACAGGUGGCAAAUAUGUCCCUCGUGCUGUGCUGGUGGACCUGGAACCUGGCACAAUGGACUCGGUGAGGUCUGGUCCCUUUGGGCAGAUCUUCAGACCAGACAACUUCGUCUUUGGCCAGAGCGGAGCAGGUAAUAACUGGGCUAAAGGCCACUACACUGAGGGAGCUGAGCUGGUGGACUCAGUCCUGGAUGUGGUGAGGAAGGAGGCGGAGAGCUGCGACUGCCUCCAGGGCUUCCAGCUCACCCACUCCCUGGGUGGAGGCACCGGCUCCGGCAUGGGCACACUGCUCAUCAGCAAAAUCCGAGAGGAGUAUCCCGACCGCAUAAUGAACACUUUCAGCGUGGUGCCUUCCCCUAAGGUGUCAGACACUGUGGUGGAGCCAUACAAUGCCACCCUCUCUGUCCACCAGCUGGUGGAAAACACAGAUGAGACCUACUGCAUUGAUAAUGAGGCCCUGUACGACAUCUGCUUCCGCACGCUCAAACUCACCACGCCCACCUACGGCGACCUCAACCACCUCGUCUCCGCCACCAUGAGCGGGGUGACCACCUGUCUGCGCUUCCCCGGCCAGCUCAAUGCCGAUCUGAGGAAACUGGCUGUCAACAUGGUGCCCUUCCCCAGGCUGCACUUCUUCAUGCCAGGCUUCGCCCCCCUGACCAGCCGGGGCAGCCAGCAGUACAGGGCUCUGACAGUUCCCGAACUCACCCAGCAAAUGUUCGACGCCAAGAACAUGAUGGCCGCCUGCGACCCACGCCACGGCCGCUACCUCACCGUCGCCGCCAUCUUCCGAGGCCGCAUGUCCAUGAAGGAGGUGGACGAGCAGAUGUUGAACGUGCAGAACAAGAACAGCAGCUACUUUGUCGAGUGGAUCCCCAACAACGUCAAGACGGCCGUCUGCGACAUUCCUCCCCGCGGCCUCAAGAUGGCAGCAACCUUCAUCGGCAACAGCACGGCCAUUCAGGAGCUGUUCAAACGAAUCUCAGAGCAGUUCACUGCCAUGUUCCGCCGCAAGGCUUUCCUCCACUGGUACACAGGAGAGGGCAUGGAUGAGAUGGAGUUCACAGAGGCCGAGAGCAACAUGAACGACCUGGUGUCCGAGUACCAGCAGUACCAGGACGCCACCGCAGAGGAGGAGGGCGAGUUUGAGGAAGAGGGCGAGGAGGACAUGGCCUAAACACCCACCAUGACCUCUUUCUUACUAUGCAACAGUUAGAAGGGCUGUGCGAUACAGUUCACAUCAUUAUCGCAUCAUAUUAAUUGGCUUAAAAUUUGAAGAAAGAAAAAUCAGUCAGGCAGGAGAGCAAAGGAUUCCUAAAGCUUUGGUUUUUCACAUGUCUGUCGUCCUUUUCACACGUAUUUGCUGUCCUCUUCUUCCCUUUUUAAUAUAAAUGUUUUUACUCUGUCCUGUUUUUCCACUUACAGAUGGUAUCACCUAAACCUUGGAACAUACUGUUGAAGCUCUGUUGAGCAAUAGGUUGGACAGUUAACGGUUAACAUUACUGUCUUGUUGUGGAGCUACCUGUUCACCUCUGUACCUCUGUCCAAUCUUCUUCAAGCUGCAGGUUUGAAAUGUAUUUGUCAUGUAAGACAAUGUAUCACUGACCUCUUCAAGGCACUCUUCACUGAAUUUGACACAUACCUCGUUUAAUAAUGUUUAAUAUGGAAUGUAACUUUUUUUUUUUUUUUAAACAUACCAGAAUGUAUCAUUUCAUUUAUAAAAAAAAAAAAACCUAAGAAAAUGCACUGAGAGCUUAAAAGAGUGUCAGGAACUGGUCACUGGUAACAUUGCUGUUAGUGUGCUUGCUCUGUGAUAAUGGCGUUAACAGUUUAGAAGGGUUUUAAUAAAGAGAUCAUGAAUUGUU